AUGUCGUACCCUAUGGCAUCCCUCGAUUCCGUGAACCUGCUGUCGGAAGCAGCGUUCGGCUGCGAACAUCUUGCGGCACUUCUCUCUAAGGACGAGAAAACUGCUGGCCAGUUCAAGGUAGAAUUCCGUAAGAAAGACACCUUGCUGGCUCCUUACUCAAAACCGGAGGCUGUGGCCGUGCAGACCACCGGACUUCGAACCGUCGAGUCUUUAAAGCCAAAGUUUCAUUGCCUAAGCUGCUCAGAAGUAUGCCUGGAUAUUGAACGACAGGCACAUACUGCAGAGACUGGCCAUGUAUUUUACAUUGAAUCUCGCACCCGCUUUGUCCACUGUCAGAAAUGCGGUGAUUUCAUUUAUGAUCAUGGCUUGGAAAGACUCCGCGGACCAACCGGGAAAUUCCAAACACGUGACGGCCGAUCUAUCUGGGCCGAGGACUCAGCCUCAGAAGUCUAUGUCAAAAACAACGCCUAUAAGAACCCAUGCGCCAAGCGCGGCGCUCGUGGUGUAUGGAACAUGGGGCAAACGUGUUACCAAGCCGUCAUUGUACAGGCAUUCCUCCACGAUCCUAGCUUGAAUGCAUACUUUCUCGCCGGUGGCCACGAUGUCCACACAUGCCAAGAGGACAAAUGUCUGGCAUGUGCAACCGCCGAGGUCUUCAUGGAAUUCAACAGCGGCGAGCGAAACGAGGCUGUGUCCGCUGCUACCCUUUUGUACAACGGCUGGCAGAUUUCAGCGGACAUGUCUGGGUAUCGCCAGCAAGAUGCCCACGAGUAUUUCCAGUUCCUCGUGAAUGGACUCCACUCAUGCACUCCGGGACACACGGAGAGCUACGACAAGAAGUGCAACUGCUUCUUUCACCAGGUGUUUUAUGGCGAACUGCGAAGCAGCGUCAAGUGCCACAAAUGCGGCCAAACGACACACACUUACGACCCUAUGGCUGAUCUGAGUCUUGAUGUCCAGCUUCAGAAUAAGAAGCGCAAGCUCGGUCGCUCCACUUCUUCUACUACCGGAACCUUGCUCGGUUGCCUGGACAGCUUCACUGCCUCUGAAGAUCUUCACGCUGAUGCCGCUUACCACUGCGAGAAAUGCGGUAAUACUCCCCAGCGGGCCUCGAAACGUCUCCAGAUUCGCAAGCUCCCCGUUGUCCUUUGCAUGCAAUUGAAGCGCUAUGAACAUACGUCCUCGUCUUCCGAGAAAAUGGACGGCCACAUUGAUUUCCCGCUGACCCUAAAUAUGCUACCCUACACCGUCAAGAAAGACAACCCCCCGGUCGACAUGUCCGAGUACAUGUACGAUCUAUCUACCGUAAUUGUCCACAACGGUACCAUGGACACCGGCCACUACUUUGCAUACACCCGCAUUGGCAAUGACAAGUGGGUGCUUAUGGACGACAACAAAGUCCUUAACGCUAGCGUCGCAGACGUGCUUCGCCAGGACGCCUACCUCCUGUUCUACAGCCUUCGCUCUCUCCGUGGCGAUGAUAAAAAGCGAUAG